AUGGCACGCCAUGGCAAGGUAAAGGUGCGACUCAAGAGGCAGAAGCCUACGAGUAAGGCCAGCAGAGACCAUCAACCGGGACACCUGACGAUGCAACAAGAAGCGCGGAACACAGAGGGGCGCAACUUAUGGCGUCCAGGUUCAAACCUGCGUCACCAAGGAGUCCGGUUCGUGAGGGCAGGGAACACCUCACCAGACGAACAGAGUGAAAAAGAAGUCACCGAGCUAGAAGAAAACCUCCAGCAACCACCAACAAAUGAAGCGAAGUCAAAUGACGACUUAAGCAACUCAAAAGACGAACCGGCAACAGAUAAUGCGCUAUUUUUUAUCGACCUCUUAGGUGAUCGUGCCACAUAUACCGGGCUGGCGGACCCAACUACUGCACUAUCAUUGUCCGAGUGUGAUGAUUCUAGCGAAGACGAAGUAGUGUUUCAUGGGCGACGUAGGCUUGAGGCCAGACCCCAUGUUAUCGUUGAACCAGGAUAUGUCCCGAAGGUCGCCUCAACAACUAAUACGUUGCCAUCUACACCCACAUCAUCACCCAAGGCAAAGUUGACCCCGCUUAAUCCUAGUGCGUGCCCAGCUCGUGAUGUUCCCCAAGCAAGCCAUGGCCUACCGAUCAAUCCUCCAGAAAAGAAUAGUACACAACACAAAAAGACUGAAGGGUCGCACACCGCGAAUGUAGUCUGGAAGGCAUCGGCGGAUGAAGAUGAUGACAUCCUAGAUGACUAUAUAGCGAACAUGGCCGAACAUUACUACGAAGAUCUACAUAAAGCUAAAGCGAACGGGCCAGUGCGCGCCACAGGGAUACUACCACAGAACUCUCAAAGUCAUAUGACCACAUCUGAUUCGAGUGAUCUUACCGAUAAAGAGAAAUAUCCACCGGGUGGAAGUUAUCCAGAACACGAGCGCGAUACAACCACCCUCUCCGAGCUUGUGCUGAGAUUAGCAGGUGUCGAGCAUGAAGUAAACGCUGCUAACGACGUAGACAUCUAUCCAUCCGAUGAUGCCGCCGCAUCAGCGAGCAAUGUUGACGUGGACGGCUUGCAAGUCAGCGACUCUGACGAGAAGAAUAUGUUUGACAGUGAUCUAGAUAUCGAGGGACUCGAGGCUCUGCGACGCCAAGUACAAGGGCGAUACAUUAGGCCUCAACAGAAACGGGGGAAUUCGAGGGGCGGCUUCUUUGCCUCGGCUACUGCCUUCGCCGAUGCGUUGGAGACUGAUCCUUAUUAUGGCCUGGAUAUCAUGGAUUUCAACAGGCCAAGCCUCAGGAAAAGGCAAAAAGGAGGGUCUCGCGCUCUAGAUAUGGUGUUGUCAGACAGUGAACUCGAAAUAGGACUGCAGAACGCCUGGCGAAAUGACCGAGAGAAGAAAAAGGCCCGAAAGCAGAAACGAGAAGAACUCCGCUCCCAAGGUCUACUGAGCCGAGGUAGACAUGACCCCGAUCUCAAGAGCAAAUAUUCCAACGGCAUAGGUUUCGAUGAUUUGAAAUCUGAAAUACGCACUUUCCUGAUGUCGGCGAGGAAUAGCCUGGCCCUUCCCCCUAUGACUAAGCACCGCAGAAAAUUGGUACAUGACCUGGCAAAUGAAUUGGCUUUGGGUUCACAAUCACGAGGUAAAGGGUCCUCGAGAUUUCCUAUUCUCCAUAAAACGUCCCGAACCCCGAGGCACACACAAAAGACAAUCUCUCAUAUCGACAAGAUAUUCUCAGGGGGGCAUUCUAAACGUGGGGCUAUUAGAUCGUGGGAACAAAAUGUCACAAAGUCUGCUAAGAGUCGCCGUGGUCGCCCUGACAGUUCUGUCUCCUACAUGGAUGGGGAUAUUGUCGGCGCGUCUGCACCUGAGAUAGGGGCAGAAAAUAAAGGGAGGGCAAUGCUAGAGAAAAUGGGUUGGAGUACAGGAACCGCUCUUGGUGCUACUAACAACAAGGGUAUUCUUUUACCUGUUCCACAUGUGGUGAAAAACUCCAAGGCUGGCCUAGGAUAG